AUGUUCGAGCAGCAGCCGCCCGAGUCGGAGGCCGUCGCCGGCGUCGUGAGGGACGAGCUUUCCGCCCUGCUGGCCGGCGCCGCUGACGCGAAGGCGUACGCGCAGCGCUACGCCGCCCAGCACGCCGCCUCGCCGUUCCUUGCGCGCCGCGCGGCGGCGGCGGAGAUGCUCGCGCUCGUGGACGCGCCGGCGAAGGCCGGCGCGGUGGCGGCGCUUGUCCAGGCCGGCACGGCCGGCGCCGGCGAGGGCGCGUGGCGGCCGGCGGCCGAGCAGCAGCAGCAGCAGCAGCCGCAGCAGCAGCAGCAGCAGCAGGCCGUGGCUGCGCACGCGGAGUGCGUGGCGGUGGAGGGGCUGCUGGCCGCGCGCGGCGGCCCCCUGGAGGACGCCGCGGCGGCGGCGGCGUGGCGGGCCGCGUGCGCCGAGGCGUUCCCGCGCUCGACGCACUUUGGGGGCCCGAAGCGGUUUGUAGAGGGCGCCGACGGCGCCGCCGCCGCGGCGGCUGCGGGGGAGCUCUCGAAACUGUCGGUGUGA